AUGAACGACAAGCGGUUUACUCAAAGUCCUUUUCCCGAGAUCCGAUUGUCUGCAGACGAUCGCGCGAACCUCGUGAGGAUCGCGGAUGCCCUCGUACGCGCAAACUUGAACGAGUACCAGCAACACCUGAACCGCGGCAAGAAGGUGGACCUGACGCGGUGGAAACGAGUGUGCAACUCGGGCACGACCACGACGUACUUGGAACGAAGUCGUCCAUUGAACUCGUCUUCGGCAAAGUUACCCGCGUCGCUCAUGGUCGGGCCUUUGCCCGGGACGCUGGAGGAAAACAUGUUUGGCCUCGUGAGUCCGACGUUGGAAUCCACGCGGAUCAAGACGUCGUAUCUGAAUGACAUUAGCGCUGCUGCGGUCCUUGCAACGAUCGUGGAACCCACGAGUGAGACGCCACUUCGAUCGGUUGUGGUCAAGUGGAUGGAGAUUGAUAUCCCGGGAGCGUCGCUGGGGGUUGUAAGGAAUCGCGACUAUGUCUACCUCGAGAGCUGUGGGAUCUGCCAGCUCGAUGACGGUGAACGCAUUGGCUAUCACCUGUUCCACUCGGUGAGCUUCCCUCAAGCUCAUGAACUGCCGUCUCGCGUGCGUGGGAACAUGUCGUUCUGUGGCAUCUUCCGCCAAGAAGGACACGAUCGAACGGACUGUCGAGGGACAGGGAUCAUGGACCCUGGCGGCGAUGCCGCUCGCGUGAUGGCGAUUAUGGGCAUGGUCCAAGCCACAAUGGCAGGUCUCAAGUACUCGUACUGUGGACGGAUGAAGAAGCUCGCGUGGCUACUCGAACAGCGUCAACUCGAAGCCAAAGAUCGACUUGCUUUGAUUGAAGAACGGCAAGUGUGCGUGACGUGCUUGAAGCAGAUAAAGGGGCACAAAAAGUCGAGGAUGUACGUCCGCAAUGCGAGUUGCACGUGCGAGCUGUGCUUUGGCUGUCUCUGUGGCACGUGCAAGAUCCUCAAGAAGCUGACCUUUGUCCCGAUUGAUGGACAACUGAGGCAGCGAAAGGUUUCGUUCUGCGUCCAGUGUCUAGUGGAAGCAACGAGUAUCGACACGUUGGAAGCAGCACGGGAGCAAUUUGUCUACAAGAAGGCGGUGCAUUCAAGUGGGAAGGCAUCCUCUUCAACUGCUUCUGGUAACAGCUCGAGCUCCGAUGGUGUCCUAAGCUCCUCAUUGAUACCUUACGAUAGCUAA